CACCUCGGAUCUCUAACCUGGUCUCGAACACUCCUCUGCGUGGGCAUGAGAUCGGUCUCCACCGCGGGGCCCGGGGCCCGUCCUCACCGCACCUCAACGGUCAUCGCAUCCAUCUGCGCAGGAACGGGUUCGAGAGCGCCGUCACCCCGCGGGGACACCAGAUCCCAGACUUCCUGCGCAGCAGAGCCUCCUACAGGAGAGCACAGGAAGUGACGCCCGCUCAGACCACCAGAAACCCUGAGAGACCAGCACCAGCGCCUGAGCCGGUCUAUCCCCGUCUGGAGCACAGCAACAGGAUGGAUCUGGACUUCACCGACGUGGACGAGCAGCCGUCUGGGUCGCUCCGGCUGGACGAGGUGCGUCUCCGACCCGUCCUGACCCCCACUCGGAGCGCUGCCAUGGUAACGGAGGGGGUGCUGGAGGUGAGGCAUGCUGGGAAAUGGAGGCAGGUGUGUAGUCUGGGCUGGGAUCUGAGCAGCAGUCGUGUGGCGUGUGGCAUGCUGGGAUACCCGUCCGCGGAGCAACACGACACACGCGUGUACCGGAAACUGUGGGACUCAAAGAUGGAGGAUCCAGCCACAAGGUCUGCGGUCAGUAAGAAGGCGUUCUGGGUCGAGAGGGUUCAGUGUUCGGGUUCGGAGGUGUCUCUGGCACAGUGUCGAGCGCAGCUCUCCGUCCCGCGGCACGACGUUCCCUGCUCCGGAGGGAUGCACGCAGUGGUGCGCUGUGUUCCCGGUGCUCAGUUCUCCAGAAGCUCCGCCUCCAGACCCCCACAGGCUCCGCCCCCUCUGAACGCGGCGGUGCGUCUGAAGGCCGGUGCACGGCUGGGCGAGGGCCGGGUGGAGGUGCUCCGCGAGGGGAAGUGGGGGACCGUGUGUGACCAUCUGUGGGAUCUGACCGCGGCCAGCGUGGUGUGCAGAGAGCUGGGCUUCGGCUCGGCCAGAGACGCCCCACGAGGAGCACUCAUGGGUCAAGGUACGGGUCUGAUCCACAUGAACGCGGUGCAGUGUUCGGGACAGGAGCGCUCCAUCACACAGUGCCGCUUCCGGGAGGUGCCACUGCACUCAUGCAAACACUCCCAGGAUGCAUCUGUCCGCUGCAACGUCCCCAACACCGGCCUGAGCGCCACCGUGCGUCUGGCGGGGGGGCGGGAGGCGGCGGAGGGCCGGGUGGAGGUGCUGAUGGAGGUGAACGGUCAGCAGCGCUGGGGCUCCGUCUGCGGUCAGAACUGGGGCAUUAAUGAAGCCAUGGUGGUGUGUCGACAGCUCGGCUUGGGCUUCGCUUCCAGAGCCCAUCAGGAGACCUGGUUCUGGCCCAGCAGCUCCGGGUCCGAGGACGUGCUUCUGAGCGGAACACACUGCAUCGGCACAGAGAUCUCCAUCCAGCAGUGCCACAGGAACAGACAGGUGUCCUGCCCACGAGGGGGCGGAGCCAGAGCCGCCGGAGUCACCUGUGCAGAUGCGGCUCCGGAUCUGGUGAUCGACGCGCAGCUGGUGCAGGAGUCUGCGUAUCUGGAGGACCGUCCACUGCACCUGCUGACCUGCGCUCACGAGGAGAACUGUCUGUCGUCCUCCGCCGCACGCAUGACCUGGCCCUACGGUCACCGCCGCCUGCUGCGCUUCUCCUCACGCAUCAUGAACCUCGGACGGGCCGACUUCAGACCGCGAGCCUCACGGGAGUCCUGGACCUGGCACCAGUGCCACCGACACUACCACAGCAUCGAGGUGUUCACGCACUAUGACCUCCUGACCCUGAACGGCACAAAGGUCGCGGAGGGUCACAAGGCCAGCUUCUGUCUGGAGGACACGUACUGCCCUGAAGGUCUGAGCAAACGCUAUGCCUGCUAUAACAUGGGCGAUCAGGGCAUCACUGUGGGCUGCUGGGAUACGUACAGCCACGACAUCGACUGCCAGUGGGUGGACAUCACCGACGUGCGGCCCGGAGACUACAUCUUCCAGGUGGAGGUGAAUCCCUCACUGGAUAUGGCCGAGUCUGAUUUCCAGAAUAACGUGAUGCGCUGCCGCUGCCGCUACGACGGAGCACGUGUCUAUCUGUACGGCUGCCACAGCGGAGACGCUUACAGCGCAGAGGCAGAGGACCUGUUUGAACACCAGCGUCAGAUCUCAAACAACUUCCUCUGAUGGAGCGACGCUCGCUGGGCGGAGUCUGUGUGAUUGACGGGUAGGGGGUGGGGUUAGUGCGAUGAUUGACAGCUCGGCCAGUAUUCAUGAAGCAGAAGAUCAGAAGAACUUCCUGCCGUUAUAAUGAGAGAUUUCUUGAGUUUGUGCAGAUGUUUCCAGCACAUCUCACCGAGGCUGUGUGUGUGAUUCAUCUUCAUCACCCAGACGAGAUUCACAGGGAACAUGUGACGGCACAAAAUAAAGACACUAACAUUGAGAAUCCGUCAUGAAACGGGAACAGUUUUUCAGGUUGUCACCACUUGUAAACGGAAUAGAACUUUUCUUCCAAAAAGUGUAAUUUUUUUCUGCUCGUGAUUUUCAUAUUCUAGUUCACGUUUUUGAAACUUUUAUUUAAUCAAAUAAUCUGAUACCUCAAUUUCUGUUAAUAAAAAGGUUGUAAAACUCCUAGUUCUUGUUGAGUGUUGUGUUGAUGAUUUCAAGAUGUUUUCUGAUGUUGUCAUGUUUAUUUCUCU